AUGACCUGGACCCAGCACUUCUGGCCCCUACGUAGGAGGACGAACAACAAGUUCAGGACGCUGGUCUCCAACCUGCUUUAUGAGGACCAGAAUUUAAAACAUCAGCCCAACAGGGGAUACGCCAGCAAUGCCGUCAAGACCACCAAGUACAGCCUGUGGUCCUUUAUACCCAAGAACCUGAUCGAACAGCUCCACCGGUUUGCCAAUUUUUAUUUCAUAGGCCUUGCAGUGCUCAACUUUAUUCCGGUGGUGAAUGCCUUCCAACCACAAGUGGCCAUCAUUCCCAUCUGUGUCAUACUGGCUCUGACCGCCAUCAAAGACGCCUGGGAGGAUUUCACGCGGUACCAGUGUGAUCGGCAGCUUAACAACAAGCUCUGCCUCAUCUACAGCAGGCAUCAGCAGAACUUUGUGGAAAAGAGAUGGAAGGAUGUACGAGUGGGGGAUUUCGUUCGAGUGCUCUCUAAUGAGAUCAUCCCUGCAGACCUCCUGCUUCUCCACACAUCCGACCCUAAUGGAGUGUGCCACUUAGAGACGGCCAAUCUGGAUGGCGAGACCAACCUGAAGCAGAGGAGAGUGGUGCCCGGUCUCUUCACUCUGGAUUCUCCAUUUGAGCCUCUAAACUUUGACAGCACUGUCAUCUGUGAGAAUCCCAAUGACAACCUCAACAGUUUCAAUGGUUAUUUAGAGAAAGACAACAAGAGGACAGGUUUUGGCGUUGACAGUCUCCUACUGCGAGGAUGCACUGUCAGAAAUACAGCUUAUGCGUCAGGAAUAGUUGUGUAUGCAGGCCAUGAAACCAAGUCCAUGCUGAACAACAACAGGCCGAGGUACAAACGCAGCAAGCUGGAGAGAAAGAUGAACAAGGAUGUGAUGUAUUGUGUGCUUCUGCUCUUCUGUAUGUGUCUCACUGGAGCCGUUGGUCACUCCAUUUGGUUAGAGACAUUUAACAGUGUCCCAAUUUACCUCGUUCCAGCAAGUGAUGGGAAAUUACCUUCUUCAGUGUGGGCAGGGUUCUACAUGUUUUUCACCAUGAUUAUCCUACUGCAGGUGAUGAUUCCUAUUUCACUCUACCUGUCCAUCGAGCUGGUGAAGAUAGGCCAAGUGUUCUUCAUCACUCAGGAUCUGGACCUGUACGAUGAGGAGAAGGACUGUCGGGUUCAGUGUCGUGCUCUGAACAUCACGGAAGACCUGGGGCAGAUUCAGUAUGUCUUCUCAGACAAGACAGGCACCCUGACAGAGAACAAGAUGGUAUUCCGCCGCUGCACUAUAAUGGGCACUGAGUUUCCACAUGAAGAGCAUGCGUUGCAUCUGGCCAUCCUGGCAGGGGAGACAGACCCAGAUGAGGAGGUUAUUUACCAGCAAUACCAACCGCCCCCUCUGUUCUCCUUGGAUGAAGUUCAGAACAACCCAGAAAGAGGCAGAACAAACUCCAGACCAUCAUCCAGCAAUAGCAGAAUUCACAGUUCAAGGGUCAGAGCAGGAACUCCUGGAAACUUGGCCUUCAGUAGCCCACUGGCUAGAGAGCGGCAUAACUCUUUUUAUUCCCGGAGUUCCCUCGGGUGUAUGAAGGGCCUGUUCAGUCGAGUUUCAUGGCUGAAAGAGCUUCUCACCGGCAGGAAGAGCUCCCUCUCUGAGCCUUUUCCUAUGGACCAAAUGGACUCCUCGGUAUAUGAAUUCCCCUCUUUCUCCAGCUCUGAGGAGAACACUAACAAUGAUGGGACUCGAACCCAGACAGUAAGCAGCUUAUCUGGGCAGCAGGAGAUUUGUUAUGAAGCCCAGAGUCCAGAUGAAGCAGCUCUGGUUCACGCAGCCAAGGCUUAUGGUUUUACCUUAAUGGAACGGACACCUGAUCGAGUGACCAUCCGACUGCCUAGUGGAACACUGCUAAAGUUUGACGUGCUGGACAAUUUGAGCUUUGACUCAACCCGUAGAAGGAUGUCCGUCAUAGUGCGCCACCCUGAUACCAAAGAGAUUAUUAUGUACACAAAGGGAGCAGAUUCUGGCAUCAUGGAGAGACUCCAGACUUCAAUCAGAGAUCAAUCAAAUGUGAAAAAUGUUAACAGAGAAACCGCUGAUAAAAUCCAAAUAGACCUUGACAUGUAUGCCAGGGACGGCUUACGCACCUUGUGUAUUGCAAGAAAGGUUGUGAGUGAACAGGAUUAUAGAAACUGGGCUGUUAUGAGACAGGAGGCCAUGUCAGCCAUCGAGGAUAAGGAGGAACUGCUCUCAAAGAGUGCAGCUUACAUGGAGAACAACCUUACUCUUCUGGGUGCUACUGGAAUUGAAGACCGCCUUCAAGAGAACGUUCCAGAAACCAUCGAGGCCUUGAGAGAGGCAGGCAUUCAAGUAUGGGUGCUGACCGGGGACAAACUAGAAACAGCUGUCAACAUCGCCUACUCCUGCAAACUGCUGGACAAGAGUGACCUGGUGUUAACAUUCCAUAAAAAGAACCGGGAUGUGUGUAAGUCCAUGUUGAAUUGUGCUCUGGGUGAGAUCCCCAAAUAUCCAAGUGAUAUGACCAGAAUUGGGUUGGUGAUCGAUGGUCCAACCCUGGAUCUGCUCUUAAACAAUGAACUUCGGUCACUGUUUCUGCAGUUGUGCAAACACAGUCGUGCGGUGCUGUGCUGCAGGGCAACCCCACUGCAAAAGAGCACGGUUGUCACACUGGUGCGGGACAGGCUUAAGGUCAUGACUCUCGCUAUAGGUGAUGGUGCCAAUGACGUGAACAUGAUUCAGGCAGCAGAUGUCGGAGUGGGAAUAUCUGGGCAGGAAGGGAUGCAGGCUGUCAUGGCAAGUGACUUUGCAAUAUCUCGCUUCAAACACCUGAAGAAGCUCCUCUUGGUUCACGGCCACUGGUGUUACACACGGCUAGCAAACAUGAUCAUCUAUUUCUUCUAUAAGAAUGUGGCCUAUGUCAACCUCCUGUUCUGGUACCAGUUCUUCUGCGGCUUUUCAGGCACAGCCAUGAUCGACUACUGGUUCAUGAUCUUCUUCAACCUGUUCUUUACAUCUGCACCUCCCAUUAUGUUUGGCAUCAUGGACAGAGAGGUGUCUGCCGUCAUGCUGCUCCAGCUCCCCCAGCUCUAUAAGACCGGUCAGCAUUCUGGGGGAUAUCGGCGAUCAACCUUUUGGAUAGCUAUUCUAGAUGCCUUUUAUCAAAGCCUCGUCUGCUUCUUCAUUCCAUACUGGACAUACAAAGGCUCUGAUAUUGAUAUCUUCUCUUUGGGAACACCCAUGAACACUGUGUCUCUGUUCACCAUCAUCCUUCACUUAGCAAUUGAAAUCAACAGUUGGACGACGGUGCACUGGGUGAUUAUGUUGGGCAGCAUGUUGAUUUACUUCAUCGUGACCCUGGCUUUCAGUGCCAUCUGUAUCAGCUGCAACCCUCCCUCUGAUCCUUACUGGACCAUGCAGGAGCAAAUGACCGACCCCGUCUUCUACCUGGUCUGCAUUUUAACCACCGUGGUAGCAUUGCUGCCAAGGUUUGCAAUACAUGUCCUAAUGGGAACACUCGUCCCCUGCGAUCACCUGACGGUCAGGCAAAUUGACAAGUUGCCCCCACACCAGCGGGAUAUGUGGCUAAAGGAGUGGAAAAGCUUCAGAGCCCUUUGUAGCUCCUAUCCAAGCCUGUCUUCAUCCAGGACAGUCCAGCGGGCCACCUAG